AUGGCUUCGUCCGUAGAGAAGUUCGAAGGCAAGGAAGAGAUCCAAGUCGAGCAUCAGGCUCCAGACGCCAGCACCAAAGAGAUCCAUGGAUUCGUAUACGAGGAUCCGAAAACGGCACCCAAGAAGACUCAAGCUGAGCGCAAGCUGGUGUUCAAAGCUGAUUUGUUGAUCGUGGGCUUGACCUCGAUGGUCUUCCUGGUGAACCAGUGGGAUCGAGGGAACAUUGGCAAUGCUCGAGUCAUGGGUUUCCAGAAAGACCUGCACAUCAGCAAUGCACAGUUCUACAACGCCAUCUCCCUCUACUAUGUCGGGUACAUCGUCUCCAUUUUGCCCGCGAGUUUGUCCGUCCGCUAUUUCAAACCUCACCGGCAAAUUGGAGGUUGUGUCAUUCUCUUCGCCACGCUCUCCUGCUGCAUGGCAGCCGCCAAAAACGCCGGCACCGUUCUAGCCCUGCGAAUCAUCUUCGGUUUCGCCUCGGCCUUCCUGCAAGCCCUGACCCUCUAUAUCAGCAUGUGGUACAAAAGGAAUGAAAUGGCAACACGAUCCGGCGUCUUUUAUUCCGCUGCCACAAUUGCCGGAGGCUUCAGCGGUCUGAUUGCCUAUGCGAUCCAAAAGAACCUGGAUGGCGCUCUCGGCAAACCGUCCUGGUACUGGCUAUUCAUCAUCGAAGGAUGCGCCGGUAUCUUCGUCGGCCUUGCCUGUUGGAUACUGUUGCCGCCGUCCCCGGACCAAUUGAAGAAAAAGCACUGGAUCUUCACCGACAAUGAGAUCGAUCUGGCAAUCAACCGCAUGAAGACAUACAAUGUAGAACACGCCGGGUUCAAGUGGAAGCAGAUGUGGCUGGCCCUGAAAGAUCCCAAGAUUGUACCUUUCUGGUUCAUCAGCGCCGGGGUUUCUCUGGCGUUGGCUUCCAUCAGUGCCUUUUUGCCAAGCUUCAUCGUCGAGUUUGGAUACUCAACUGUCCAGACGCAGCUCUUCUCAAUCAUCCCAUAUGCCUGCGCCUUCGUCACACUGAUCGUGGUGAACAUCGCCUCUGACCGACUCAACCUCAAGGGGGUGUUCCUUCUGGGUCUCAUAUCUACCAGCAUUGCCGGAUAUGUGAUCUUGAUCGCAGUGCACAAUGUCAAGGUCAAGAUCUUCGCGACAUGCCUGAUCACGAUGGGCACGUUUCCCAGUGUGACGCUGAUGGGGGCCUGGAUGAACAUCAACACCGGAGGCUUCACUAAGCGCGCCACUACCUGGGGUACGGCGGAGAUUGUUGGACAGUGCUUCGCCAUCCUCGGUUCGCACAUCUACACUGAUCCCCCACAGUACAUCAAGGGCCACUCGAUUGUACUGGCUUUUGAGAUCCUGGCGCUGCUGUCUACUGUGUACUGCUGGUUCUGGAUGCGGUGGCUGAACAACAAGAGGGACAGGGAGGUGCUAGAACACGCCGAGGCUGGGACGACGGAUCCUAACCUCUCGAAGACCCUCGAGGACAUCCAGGACUAUCAUCCGUCCUUCCGAUACAUUCUGUAG